GCUGACCCGCCGCACUUGCCAGCCUGGAGUCUCCGGGCCGCUGCGGUCCCUUUCAGUGGAACGGAGGAUGCCGCUUUGGCACCUGGAGGUCACGGGAGACUGAGGGGAGACCGGGGCGUUGUGGGCCGAAGCCUAGAGCAGCGGAAGCUGAGCCGUCGCCUGAGCGGACUCCGAGGCCGCUGGAGCAGGGCGCCGCGCGGGAACCAUUGGCCACGCAAGUGAACGAGCGCUUCGAAGGUUUCCGCAGGCCUGGUGUCCAAGCUUCCCGAGUGUGGAUUGGGGGAUUAGGGACGUGGCGCAAUGAGGAGCCGGAGUAACUCGGGGGUUCGCCUGGAUGGCUAUGCUCGGCUGGUGCAUCAGACCAUCCUGUGCCAUCAGAAUCCAGUAACAGGAUUGCUUCCAGCCAGUUAUGAUCAGAAGGAUGCCUGGGUCCGAGAUAAUGUGUAUAGCAUCCUGGCUGUGUGGGGUUUGGGCCUGGCAUAUCGGAAAAAUGCAGACCGUGAUGAGGACAAGGCAAAGGCCUAUGAACUGGAGCAGAGUGUAGUGAAGCUAAUGAGGGGACUGCUGCACUGCAUGAUCAGACAGGUGGAUAAAGUAGAGUCCUUCAAGUAUAGUCAGAGUACUAAGGAUAGCCUCCAUGCCAAGUACAACACCAAAACUUGUGCCACGGUAGUGGGUGAUGACCAGUGGGGACACCUCCAGUUGGAUGCUACUUCUGUGUACCUGCUCUUCCUAGCACAAAUGACUGCCUCAGGACUCCAUAUCAUCCACAGCCUAGAUGAAGUCAAUUUUAUACAGAACCUCGUGUUUUACAUUGAAGCUGCAUAUAAAACUGCUGACUUUGGGAUAUGGGAACGUGGAGACAAGACCAACCAAGGCAUCUCAGAAUUGAAUGCGAGUUCAGUUGGAAUGGCCAAGGCAGCCCUGGAAGCACUAGACGAAUUAGACUUGUUUGGUGUGAAAGGUGGGCCGCAGUCAGUUAUCCAUGUCCUGGCUGAUGAAGUACAACACUGCCAGUCGAUCCUGAAUUCACUACUGCCCCGGGCUUCAACAUCCAAAGAAGUUGAUGCUAGUCUGCUCUCAGUGAUCUCUUUCCCAGCCUUUGCUGUAGAAGACAGCCAUUUGGUGGAGCUCACCAAACAGGAAAUCAUCACCAAGCUUCAGGGUCGCUAUGGUUGCUGUCGUUUUCUACGAGAUGGAUAUAAAACUCCUAAAGAGGAUCCCAAUCGUCUGUACUAUGAACCAGCUGAGCUGAAGCUGUUUGAAAACAUUGAGUGCGAAUGGCCAUUGUUCUGGACAUACUUUAUUCUUGAUGGGGUCUUCAGUGGAAACAUAGAACAGGUUCAAGAAUAUAGAGAGGCCCUUGAUGCAGUCCUCAUCAAGGGCAAAAAUGGAAUCCCACUUCUUCCAGAGCUGUACAGUGUGCCUCCUGACAGGGUUGAUGAAGAGUAUCAAAAUCCUCACACUGUGGAUCGAGUCCCUAUGGGAAAAUUGCCUCACAUGUGGGGUCAGUCUCUAUACAUUUUAGGAAGCUUGAUGGCAGAGGGAUUUUUAGCUCCUGGAGAAAUUGAUCCCCUGAAUCGUAGGUUUUCUACUGUGCCAAAGCCAGAUGUCGUGGUUCAAGUCUCCAUUCUAGCUGAAACAGAAGAAAUCAAGGCCAUUUUGAAGGACAAAGGAAUUGAUGUGGAGACCAUUGCUGAAGUGUACCCCAUCAGAGUACAGCCAGCUCGUAUUCUCAGCCACAUUUAUUCCAGUCUAGGAUGCAACAGUAGAAUGAAACUCAGUGGACGACCCUACAGGCUCAUGGGUGUGCUUGGAACGUCAAAACUCUAUGACAUUCGCAAAACGAUCUUUACUUUCACUCCACAGUUUAUAGACCAGCAACAGUUCUACCUGGCUCUGGACAACAAGAUGAUAGUAGAAAUGCUUAGAACAGAUCUCUCCUACCUCUGUAGCCGUUGGAGGAUGACAGGCCAACCCACUAUCACUUUCCCGAUCUCACACACCAUGCUCGAUGAAGAUGGAACCAGCUUGAAUUCAAGUAUCCUGGCAGCACUCCGAAAAAUGCAGGAUGGCUAUUUUGGUGGGGCGAGGAUCCAGACAGGUAAAUUGUCAGAGUUUUUGACAACAUCUUGCUGCACACACUUAAGCUUCAUGGACCCCGGGCCUGAGGGAAAGCUGUACAGUGAAGAUUAUGAUGAAGACUAUGAUGAGCUGGAAUCUGGCAACUGGAUGGAUAGCUAUGAUUCAACAAGUAAUGCUCGCUGUGGUGACGAAGUUGCUCGCUAUUUAGACCACCUUUUGGCACGCACUGUUCCCCAUCCUAAACUAGCUCCUACCUCACAGAAGGGAGGGCUAAGUCGGUUCCGAGCUGCUGUGCAAACAACUUGCGACUUAAUGUCCUUGGUGACCAAGGCCAAGGAGCUGCAUGUACAGAAUGUUCACAUGUACCUCCCUACGAAGUUAUUUCAGCCUUCUCGCCCUUCACUCAAUUUACUUGACUCACCUCAGUCUUCACAAGAUAACCAGGUUCCUUCUGUUCGCGUAGAAGUACAUGUUCCUAGAGAUCAGUCUGGGGAAGUGGACUUCCAGUCACUGGUUUCACAGUUGAAGGAAACCUCAAGCUUACAAGAGCAAGCUGAUAUACUCUACAUGCUGUAUUCAAUGAAAGGACCUGACUGGGACACUGAAUUGUAUGAAGACGGGGGCGCUACUGUCAGGGAGCUUCUUAGUGAACUCUACAGCAAAGCCGGUGAACUUCGGCACUGGGGUCUGAUCCGAUCCAUCUCUGGGAUCUUACGGAAGAAAGUGGAAGCACUUGAUGAGGCCUGCACAGACCUUCUCUCCUACCAGAAACACCUCACCGUAGGACUUCCUCCAGAACCUCGAGAGAAGACCAUCUCCGCACCUCUACCAUAUGAGGCACUCACUAAGCUGAUAGAUGAAGCCAGUGAAGGAGACAUGAGCAUUUCAAUCCUUACACAGGAAAUAAUGGUGUAUCUUGCUAUGUACAUGCGAACUCAGCCUGGCCUCUUUGCUGAGAUGUUCCGACUUCGAAUUGGGCUGAUCAUACAAGUUAUGGCAACAGAACUGGCCCAGUCUCUUCGAUGCUCAGCUGAAGAAGCCACAGAGGGCCUGAUGAAUCUGAGUCCUUCAGCCAUGAAGAACCUCCUGCAUCACAUUCUCAGUGGCAAAGAGUUCGGAGUGGAACGGAGCGUUCGGCCCACUGAUUCACAUGUGAGUCCUGCUAUUUCCAUCCAUGAGGUUGGUGCUGUUGGAGCAACGAAAACAGAACGAACUGGAAUCAUGCAGUUAAAAAGUGAGAUAAAGCAGGUGGAAUUCCGUAGACUGUCUGUCUCUACUGAGAGUCAGACUAAUGGUGGUCACCCCUCAGGUAUAGAUUUGAUGUCACCGUCCUUUCUGUCCCCUGCAGCCUGCAUUACUGCAAGUAGUGGGUCCUUUCCUAGUGUGUGUGGUCAGCAGACAUCUAAAGACAGUCGUCAAGGUCAGUGGCAACGGCGGAGACGACUAGAUGGAGCACUAAAUAGAGUACCGAUCGGAUUUUAUCAAAAAGUCUGGAAAAUUUUGCAGAAAUGUCAUGGACUUUCUGUGGAAGGUUUUGUUCUUCCUUCUUCAACCACGAGGGAGAUGACCCCAGGCGAGAUUAAAUUCUCUGUCCAUGUGGAGUCUGUCCUGAAUCGUGUACCCCAGCCAGAGUACCGCCAACUUCUGGUUGAGGCCAUCCUUGUCCUUACCAUGCUGGCAGAUAUUGAAAUUCAUAGCAUUGGAAGCAUCAUCGCUGUGGAAAAAAUAGUACAUAUUGCCAAUGACUUGUUCCUUCAAGAACAGAAAACCCUCGGCGCAGAUGAUGUCAUGUUGGCAAAAGAUCCUGCAUCUGGCAUCUGUACUCUUCUCUACGACAGCGCACCCAGUGGCAGAUUUGGCACCAUGACCUACCUCUCCAAGGCAGCUGCCACCUACGUGCAGGAGUUUCUGCCACACAGCCUCUGUGCCAUGCAGUGAGGGCAGUGGCUUCUGGCUGCUGGGAUCCUUUCGCCAUCUGGUCCCUGGCUUGGUUGAUUGUGCAUGGAACUGAAAUGUUAACACCUGACCACUCCCCAUGCCCUUUUCCUGCCCAUCCCUCCCAAGAAGAGAGAACUUGGCUGAUAUCUCACCACUUUUGAAGAAAAGAACCCUGACUUGGAGACUCACUUCCGGUGUGAAGGUUCACCCGGCGGACAAUCACUGUCCCUACUUCUUUCAUGGUUCAUAUAAGUCUGCAUGUGGUUUUACUCUGUAGGAGCUGUUAGCAGCUUGGUUUUCUAACUCCUGUGGGGAGCAGCAUUACUAAGUUAUUCUGGAGCUCUGUUUUCUUCUCCCUUCUUUCUUUCUUUUUCUUUCUUUGUGUGUGUGUGUGAGUGGUGGGUCUUGAUUGGGCCAUUAUUUCAAGAGAGUAGAUGCUAAGUUUCUGGAUUUUAUGCUUUUGUAAAUUGGAAAUGUCUACUUUAAGUGCCUUUACAGAAAGGCCAGCACCAGAUCAUGGCUUCCUUCUUCACUCAAAGGUUGCUUUGUUCUGAGUGGUGAAAUAGUUUCUUUGUAGAAGUAUUGCCUUUUGCUGUUCUUUCUGUAUCUGCCCAUGGUGCCUACUCUGUGGUGAAAUAUUAAAAAAUAUAAGCUCACAGGUAAGUUUAAGGAUUUCUGUGUUAACACUUGAAAUCAUAUCUUAUGAGGACGGAUGCUACCAGGCACAUAAUUUGAGAACACAUAGACUAACCCAGAGAAAUGGAGGCAGGAGCCCAAUUCCCGAGAGGAAGGGAAAGGAGAGAUGUCAUUAUGUAGGUGGUGCUUCACACAUGGGGAGGUAAGAGACCACCAGAGGUCGGCUGCUUGCAGACAGCCUUGGACAUGAAAUCCUUGCCUGUCCUGAGCAAAGAGAAGUCCAACAGUCUGCUCUGUGGCUGCUCUACUGAGCAUCCCCUUCCUGUACUUCUGUUCUCCAUCUCACCUAGUUACCCCCCAACACACCCAAGCACCCCUUCUCAGCUCCCUCCUCUCUUCUUCCCACAUCUAGUCUUCAAUUUUUGUUUGCUUUUACUUCUCAAUUCUGGUACUUACAUCCUCUAAUCUUGGUGUCUGUGGCCAAACAUCUAUUACUAUACAUAUCUGUGUGUGUUUGUAAUGGUUAAAUAAUUGUAAGUGUUUUGGAUGUAUGUGUCUGUCUCUAUAUUGAAUGGAUUGAAUAAACAUGUAGAUAAUAUUGCAAA